CCACAAGAGGUGUAGUAGUAAAGCAGUGAAGUAGGCCGGUGGCUGUAGCUAAGGCAAAAGCUAGCAGCAGCAGCCGCAGCCGCCGCCGACGUCGCCGUCGUCGUCGUCGUCGACGACGACGAGCUGACCCGGCCACGAGGGCACGCACGCCUCGAUCCCCUCCCCUUGCUUCCAGUAACUUCCACCGCUAUAAAUACCCCUCUCCGCUCUCACUCCCACAUCUUCCUCCCCAAUCACCUCCUCCCUACCUCUCGCCAUUAUUAAAUCCUCUCCUCUCCUCUCUUCUCCACAUCCACAAGAAAUUUCGUAGCGGAAUCACGAGCCCUCGUCUCGAUCGUAGCUUGAGCUUGAGCUGAGUUGCUGGUUUGGUGUGUGGAGAGAUCAGUGGGGUGGGUGGGGGUGGGUGAUGUACGGCGCGCCGGUGUCCAAGGACCUGAGCCUGCAGCCAGCCGGGGUGCGGACGCCGCCGCAGAUGAGCUCGCCGGGCUUGCUGCGGUACAGGUCAGCGCCGAGCACGCUGCUCGGGGAGGUCUGCGGCGACUUCGUCCUCCCCGGUGGUGGUGGUGGUGGUGGGCAGCUGCAGCUGCAGCUGCAGCAGCAGCGGCCUGGGAGCCCGGACCACGCCGCGGACACCGUCCUCGCGCGCUUCCUCGCCGGCCAUGGCGGCCACGACAACAAGCCUCCCCGCCCCGCCGCCCACUUCGCCCCACCGGAAGACUCCAUGGCCUCGCAUCAGCAGCAGCUCAUGUACCAGUCGCAUCAGCAGCAGCAGCAGAUGGCUUCCGCCAUGGAGGGACUCUACCGCACCGUCAGCUCCGGCGGCACGGAGUCCACCGCCGCCGCCGCCGGCAACAGCCUCCUCCGGCAGAGCAGCUCCCCCGCCGGCUUCCUCAACCAUCUUACCAUGGACAACGGAUACGGGAAUAUGCUAAGAGCGGGCAUGGGCGGCGGCGGCGGUGGCGGCGACCCGCGGCUCAAGGGGCAGCUCAGCUUCUCGUCGCGGCAGGGGUCGGUGAUGUCCCAGAUCUCGGAGAUGGGCAGCGAGGACGAGGAGCUCGCCGGCGGCGGCGGCAGCCCGGAGGCUGGCAGCAACGGCGGUGGCGCCGCACGCGGCGGCUACGGCGGCGGGUACGCGAUGGGGUCCUCCGCCUGGGAGGAGCCCUCGCCGCCGGCGACGUCGCUCCUCCCGGACAGCAGCCUCCCGUCCAAGCGCCCCCGCGACGACCUGCCGCGGCAGCUCAGCCUCCCGGCGGCGUCCAAGAACAGCAGCAAGCCCCCCUCCUCCGCCUCCGCCGCCGCGUCGCCGGAGAUGGCCGCCAUCGAGAAGUUCCUCCAGUUCCAGGACGCCGUCCCCUGCAAGAUCCGCGCCAAGCGCGGCUGCGCCACCCACCCCCGCAGCAUCGCCGAGCGGGUGAGGAGGACGCGGAUCAGCGAGCGGAUACGGAAGCUGCAGGAGCUCGUCCCCAACAUGGAAAAGCAAACCAACACUGCUGACAUGUUGGAUCUUGCCGUGGACUACAUCAAGGAGCUCCAGAAGCAGGUCAAGGUGUUAAACGACAGCCGUUCCAGCUGCACCUGCUCGGCGAGCAAGCAGAAGCACUUCGCCGGCUAAAUCAAUCAAGUCAAUCAAUCGCCAUGACCGGUGCAGCAGUGCGCAACACACGAACGGCCGCAAAAGGCAUGCAGCAGAAGCAUCUGCACCGGCAGUUUUUCUAAGCUUCGUUUCCUUCUUUGCUGAUGAAUUCGCUGGUCUAUCUGGUAAAUUGAACAUGAGGGCAUUGGAUUUUGGAGCAGUGGCAUGCAUUCUUCAGAGUUCACAAAGAUGAUGGGUUGGGGUCCCACAUGGUAGUGGUAGACUACUGUAGCUGCAAAGCUUGAUUAAUUAAUUAGCCUGUUCUUUUGAUAAUGAAGGAGAGGAGAGUAACUCACAAGUGUAUAGAUGGUUGUCUCAUCUCUGUUUGUCAUAGUACACACCAAGUGCAAGUUGCAGCUGUGUCUGCUUGCAAGAAUGCAUGCCCAUGUACAUUGCAUCCCCCUUUGCUUGACAAAUGACACAUCCAGACAGCCUCCAUAUCCUGUUUCCUCUCGUUGCUACACCCUGUUUUUGUGAAGUACAUGCAUCGCAACAAUGUUCACGAAUAAUCCUGGUCA